AUCCUACUUUUACUUCAAAAUAUAUCCAAAACUAAAUUCAUUUCCCAACCUAAGUGAUUUUAACCCAAACUUUCUCAUUUCUGUUGAAAGUACCACUCUCCUCCCAGUUCCUCAGUUUCAUAGGCUUAUCAAUUUUUUCCCUCUUUUUCUAUAUCUCUUAAAUAUUUUUCUCUCUCUUUACUCAUGCAGAUAUCACAAAAUAGGUCAAGCCCUGAUCACAGCUUGUCUGGACAAUUAUAAUAUCCUUCUAACUGGUCUACUUGCCUCUGAGCCUCCUAUCCCAUCCUCUCAACAACUGUCAAAGAAAUAUUCUUUUUUUUUUUUUAAACCCUUACCUUCUGUCUUGGAGUCAAUACUGUGUAUUGGCUCCAAGGCAGAAGAGUGGUAAGGGCUAGGCAGUGGGGGUCAAGUGACUUGCCCAGGGUCACACAGCUGGGAAGUGUCUGAGGCCAGAUUUGAACCUAGGACCUCCCAUCUCUAGGCCUGGCUCUCAAUCCACUGAGCCACCCAGCUGCCCCCUCAAAGAAAUAUUCUUACAACACAAUUGUGAUCAUUUAAUUCAAAAACUGCCAGUGGCUUCUCAUUGUCCCUAGUUUCAUACUCUGAAGUCAGAUAGGAUGUCUAAUCCCUUUUCAUAUGGUUACUCUUCAGAUAGUUGAAGAGCUAUUAUAACCCAUCUAAGUCUUUUCUUCUCCUGUCUAAAUAUCCCCAAGUUCUUCAACCAAGUUGUUCUAUUAUCCUGGUUACCCUACUCUGGAUGCUAGCUUAUCAAUGUCCUUUGGAAGAUUAAUCCUGUAACUGAGCACAAUAUUCCACAUAUGGUCUUACUCUAGGAGAGUUCAAUGAGCCCCUCAUCUACAUGUAUAUUUUACCUAUCACAGUGCAGCUGAAGAUAGAUUUUGAGUUUUAUGUUUUAUUUUAUUAACAUUGCCAUAUUGUUAACUCUUACUGAGUUUGGAGUGCAUUAUAAUCCCUAGAUCUUAUUAUAUUCUUCCUAGUAUUAUUCUAGACUGUCAAAAUCUUUGGGAAUUCUGACCUUGUACAUUAGCUUUAUCUUCCAGCUUUCUGUCAUUUUUGAAUUUUUUUAAAGCAUGCACCCAUGCCCUUAUGCAAAUCAAUAAGAAAAAUGAUAAGUAGUAAAGGCACAUGAGUAGAUGCUUGUGGCAUUUCAUUAGAGGCUGCUAUCCAAGUUGACGGGAAACCAACUGUUUAGGUCUAAUCAUUCAGUUUCAAAUCCAAUAGCCCACAUUUCUCCUUCAUCAUCUUUCCCAUAAGAUUAUUGUGGGAACGAUUUUGUCAAGCACUUUGCUAAAAUAUAGGCAAAUGAUGUCUAAAGAAAUCCCCUGAUCCAUCAGUUUAGUACUUUCAAAUAGAUCUAUGUGUGAUCCUGACAAAGUACAUAUUCUCCCCAACAAUGCAAAUGACAUUUCUUUAAUGUAAAAAAUGUUUAGUGUAAAUUGAUGUGUUCUUGAUAAUAAUUGUGCUGAUUCCUGGUAAUCAAUACUUCCUUUUCCAGAUGUUCAGUGCUGAUUCACUGUAGAUUUAGGAAGGAUGGAAGUACCAAAAACCCAGUGCAAAGAAACAUGGGCAAAAGGAGAAGUGGAUGGCAGAGGAUGAAAUGGAUAGAUAGUGGGUGUCUUGGAAGCAAGAAACAUGAGUUUGGAUAGACUUAGGGAGAUAGUGGAGGAUAGAAGGGCCUGGCAAGUAUGGUUCAUGGAGUCACAAAAAGUAAAAAAUGACUGAACAACUACAAAGGAAACCUGAAGCUCACAUGACAAGAAAGCAAGCUAAUUCUUGAGAGAAAAUACUCAUGAAUGAGAGGGCGAUCAGGAAAGUUGGACACUGCAAUGUGCUGGGGUCUGGAUGGAGUUGGGCACUUUGGGUAAUGUUUGGUAGAGUUUUAUAGGGUUCUUAUCUGGGUCUAGCAAGACCAGGUUUUAGGGGAAGGGAAAAGGGAAUCUAAACCUAGGGACUAGUGUUGAUUCCUGUUAGUGGGAGAGAUGUAGAGAAGGGGGUCCCAUGGGGAUCUGGCUUCUAGGUGAUAGGGCUGUCUACAAUAGGAGCCUCUACUUUCUCUUUUCUCCUUCUCUUUUUUACCCUUACAAUCAAUCUUCCAACCUCAUUAUUCCACCAAAACUAUUCUCUCCAAAGUUACCAAUGAUCUCUUAGCAGUCCCUUCGAAUGCCUUUUCUUCAUCCUCAUUUUCGUGACCUUUCUGCAGACUUUGACACUAUUGAUUUCUUUUUCUUUUCCAUUCUCUCUAGAUUUUCAGGACACCACCCUCUGCUGGUUCUCCUGCCUAUCAGAUCAUGUCUUCUCAGCCUCUUCUGUUGGAUCCUCUAACCAUAGUGGUCCCACAGAGUACUGUCCUGGGCCCUCUUCUCUUCUCCCUCUGUAUGAUUUCUUAGGUCAUCCCAUCAGCUCCUAUGGGUUCAAUGAUCAACUCUGUGCGGAUAAUGUUGAAAUCUACCUAGGUUGUCCUAACCUUGGACUGCCUUUCAGAUAGUUCAGUCUGACUGUCCAGUGGACAUCUUAAACUGACCUCAUUAAUUUCCCCCUAGUCCUCCUCCUUCUCCUUCUCCAAACUCCUCCGUUACUGUUGAGGGCGCAGCCAUCUUCUAGGUGACAGUCCUGGAUUCCUCAUUCUCUUUCCCUCCAUUUCCAACAUCCAAUCUGUGGCCAAUCCUUGUUAGUAUCACUUUUGCAGCCUCUUUCCAAUACACGCGCAGCCCCUUCUCUCCUCUGCUGCUGCCUCAAGUCGCUCCUCACACCCCUGUCUGAAAUCUCUCUCUUCCAUUUAGCCUCCAAAAUGAUCUUCCUAACAGGCAGAGCUCCCCCAGCCCCACACUCCAGUGGCUAAGGACUGCCUCUUCUUUUAUUUGUCAUUCAAAGCCCUUCACAAAUGAGUCCUUCAGGGCCGCACUCAAGCCUUUCCACUCUCCUGUGGCUUCCUUAGUGCUCUAAAACCAUCUCUUGGCUCCAGGCAUGGGCUGUCCUCCAUGCCUGGAAUACGCUUCCCUCCUCGUCUGCCCCUCCAGGCUUCCUUAUGUUCCUUCAAGCCUCCAUUUAAGUCCUAUCUCGAACCCUUUCUCAUCCCACAAUUCUAGUGCCUUCCCUCUUUGGGUUACUGCCUUCAAUUCAGGGAACCGAUUUUGUUUAUUAAUACUACGGACCUAACGGGCCAGGUUUCCUAGAGAAAGCUGCCCGGACUGGAGUCACAAGGCGGUUUCUGUAGGGUGCAAGAUACAAAGCAAACAACGUGCGUUCUGAGAGCGAGCAGCUUUAUCGUCUAGAAGCCGCGCGGUGAGUGGCGCGGGGUACACGGCCUUCCUUGUGUCUUCUCCAGCUGCCGGCCAGCACUCUCACUAUUCCGAGCUGACGGACCUUCACGGGAGAGCUCAGCUCAGAAUUCCACUUUCCCAGGGACAAGCAGAUUUUUCUGGUCGGUGACUUGUUGACCUCCCUUCCAUGUAUCCUCUCUAUAUGUGUUUCCGUGCUGCCUCUCUCACACGAGUGUCUUUUUUAAAAUGAAGAACCACGUUGCACUAGGGAAACAAUGGCCCCGUCCUCCCUCCAUUUUCUUUCACGUCUAAAGGUCGGUAGAAGCGCCCUGUUUGCAGGUGACAAAACUCCUCACAGGUCUAGUUUAUGACAUUUUGGCUUCCCCAAACCCACCCGUACUUGAGCUCAUAGAAACCCCAACCGUAGGAAGGUCCUCCUUACGGAUGCUUUGGAUGUGAAUAGAAUCCCUACUUCUAAUUUAACAGUUUCUUGGGAAUGCCUUUGCUCCUGCUCUGUGCCCGUUGUGGGGGUCUUACAUCUGGCUGCCACUGAGCCUGUUGGCAACGUCCCAACCAAUACAUUGGAGUCAGUAGGGGGUGUCUAUAGGGGCCAUAAAGCAAGAGUGCCUGCAGCUGGGACGAACGCAGGCAAUAGCUUCUUGACUCGCACCUCUGUAGACAGUUGUGCUGGCUCUGUACAUGCACAAGAAGCCAGCCCUGGGCCAGUCAUUGUUCCCUUCCAGAGCCCGAUACUCUCACGCACAUACACAUGCAAAGCACACACGCACACAGAAACAGUAUCAGAAGGAAGGAAGUCAUUAGGCGGAGUAUUCUGCUCCGUGUCAUCAUGAGUAACGUCCAAGAACAGGGAUGGAUGGAUCCUUCUCAGUGGGUGUGCUGGGAGGCCCUGCGGGCCAUGCUGGCUAGCCUUUGCUCUCUUAUAGGGCAAAAGAGAGGAGGAGGGAAGGGAACUCUUCUUCCCCUCAAGUGCUCAAAAAGAAGUGAGGCGGGAUUUCUGAAUGCAGAGGAACCCCACGUAGUGACGCCAUGGCUGGAAUGCCCUUCCCAUCAGCAGUCACACAAACUGGGAGAGGAUACCCGAGACAGGAGCACAAGCAUUCUCCAGUUUUUUUCAAACAAGAAUGAUUAUAAGUAGAAAAGCAACCUUAAGAAUAUAGUUACAAUGUCAAUAUUUGAGCCAAUGGCCCCCCUUCCUUUAAGAUACAUUCUUCAAAUGAUUCCUUUUUCUCCUUUUCUAUAUUAAGCUUUCUUUUCUCUCUUUUUCAAUGGGCUACCAAGGCCAUGGAUGAAUAGGCAGGGCUUGGCUACAUGUUAGUCAAUGAAGGCCUGCUCAAAGUUAAUGAAACAUUUUCUUUUUUCCUAAAUUAACAGCUAUUUCAGAAAUUCCAAGUGCUAGAGGCAGUGCCAGGAAGAUCUGGGUUCCAGUCUUGCCUUAGAAAUGUAUGAUCUGUGUGACUCUGGGGCAAGUCACUUAUUCACGGGUGGGUCUUUUUUUUUUUUUCCCAGCUAUGAGAGGAUGGAAAACACAGUGGAGCACAAAAGCAGUCAAAAGCAAGUCUUUCCUCUCCUGUAACGCUUCCGUCUGCCACUAGGGACCUACAGAGUCCUGCAGAUUUAUAGUACUCUGUGCCUGUUUCUUCAGCAGUCAGAAGGGGAUGAUACUAUGCAUAGGGUUGCUUUUAGGAUGAGAAGAGCGAACAUUUUAAGCCACAUAUAAAAAUGUGUAUUAUUUAUGUAUUAUUAUGAUGCGUUUCGAUAUUCCCGGCACAUCGUAAGCAUUUUAAAACAUAACCGAAAAUGAUGUUUUUCUUUUUUUUAAGCGGACACUUCCAAAGCGCUUUAAAGGUCGCAGUGUUUUCCAUUUUACAAAGAGAGGAGCUCAAUGUUGAAUCAAACCUCUACUCCCUCGCGCGCGUCUCCCAACCGAGGCCCGGAGUAUUUCAGGACUCUCCCAGGUCGCAGGGAUCACGUGGUGGAGCCGGCAUUUGGACUCGCUCCCCUCCAAGCCCGCACUGCGCCCCUCCUGAAGCGGGGGUUCAAAUGAAGGCUUGUGGCUUUAAUAGACGGCAGGAAAAAAGAGCAAUCUGGGUCAGAGGCAAACCCCUACCCACAGAGACAUCAAAAUGGAGGCUCGCAGGGAUACCGGCAUAAGCGAUCUCCCGGCUUUGUCUAGUCUCCUGAAGUUAUGGAGGGGAAAGUUCUGGGCCACUAGCUCUAGGGGUGCUGGUGUGAGGAUCGGGAACCCGACCAAGUAGGCCCGGAAGGACCAUUUUCACCCGUGUUUUUAUUGCCGUCGUAGGUGUGCGUGUGGCUUCACCUUAAAGAGGUGAAGCCAAAGAACACCCCCACCACCUUUCACCCUCCAGCUCCACUCGCAACAUUUCCGAACUGCCCACAGAGCAUCGAGCGGAGGAAGAAAACUGGCUCGAGCACAAGCGGGGCCAGCAAACUAAGACACCAGCAGCGCCAGUCCACAGCCGCAGCACCCGUUCUCCCCUCCCAGCUGAGGCUCCCAGCUGAGGCUCCCCGCAGCGCCGCGCUGCGCCAGCCAGUCGCGAGCCCGAAGGCUCGGCGUGGUUCCGAGGUCGCUGGGGGCUGGGGAGAGAAGGGGCGGGACUGGCAAAAGGAAGGGCAACGACGGGGCGGCCUCUGCGUCAGCCUCUUCCCUGCGCAGCUUCCAGUGCUUGUAUGCGCAAGCGCUGGGGCGGGGAGACAGACUUCUUAAAAAAAAAAAAAAGUCAGUUCGCUCCCUUCCCCGUCACCUGAGCUCCCGGAUAGGCGACGCGGCGGUCGCGGCGGCGCACACCCCGCACCACCACCCGGAGCUGUCUUGGGAACCCGUGACUCUUCUUCCCGCCCCGCCAACCCAUUCCCUUCCGAGGUCCCCGGGGUCUCUCUCUCCUCUUCCCCAGCCCAACGCUCCGGGGCGGGGGUCUGUGAUCAUGGCCUCCCUUUUCAAGAAGAAGACGGUAGAUGAUGUAAUAAAGGAGCAGAAUCGAGAGUUACGAGGUACACAGAGGGCUAUAAUGAGAGAUCGAGCAGCAUUAGAAAAACAGGAAAAACAGCUGGAAUUAGAAAUUAAGAAAAUGGCCAAGAUUGGUAACAAAGAAGCCUGCAGAGUUUUGGCUAAACAGCUUGUGCAACUGAGGAAACAGAAAACUAGAACUUUUGCUGUAAGUUCAAAAGUCACUUCUAUGUCUACCCAGACUAAAGUCAUGAACUCUCAGAUGAAGAUGGCUGGAGCCAUGUCAACUACGGCCAAAACAAUGCAGGCAGUUAACAAGAAGAUGGAUCCACAAAAGACAUUGCAGACAAUGCAAAAUUUCCAGAAGGAAAACAUGAAAAUGGAAAUGACUGAAGAAAUGAUCAAUGAUACACUGGAUGACAUUUUUGAUGGAUCUGAUGAUGAAGAAGAAAGCCAGGAUAUUGUGAACCAGGUGCUUGAUGAAAUUGGAAUUGAAAUCUCUGGAAAGAUGGCCAAAGCACCAUCAGCCGCCCGAGGCUUACCAUCUGCAUCCACAUCAAAAGCAUCGACGAUCUCUGAUGAAGAGAUUGAACGGCAACUUAAAGCGUUGGGCGUAGAUUAGUUGGAAUUUAUUUAUGAUGUGUAUUAAUGACUUACAAUCAGCAUAAAACUGGCACAGUGUAGAUUUUUUUUACAAAAUGUAUUUAUUUUUCAGACAAGGCAGUCAAUGAAGUUUCAAUCCACAUCUUGUUUUAAAUCUUUUUGCCAAAGAAUGAAAAGAAAAGAGUUUGAAUCUUAAUUACCAAAUACUUUGAAAUGAUUAUUCUAAAACUCUUAUUGCAUGGUAUUCUAGUUUAAGAUUCUGUUAAGGUUAGUGCCAGAUCACAUUUGCAUUCUAAGUCCUUUUGCCCCGUGUCGAGAAAAGGCACUAAGCAUCAACAUGAAGAAUUUCAAAAAAUUCAGUUGACAAGAGGCCUGCAUUUGCUGCUUAUAUUUUGAACCAUAGCCACAAGGAUUCCAACUAUCAAAAUGAUAUUGAAAAUGGGGUGAAAGUGAAGUCCUCUUUUGAUAAUAACUUUUAAAAACAUUCUUGGCACCUGCCUUAAAUACUUGCAGUACAAAAAUAUUGUGCAGAUCUUUAAAUCAUUAGUGAGAAACUUGAAUUAUCAAUUUAAAACUAUAAUUAAAAUCCAGUUUGAGAAUUCUCCAGGUGUCCUAUCUGGGAUCGAUGAUUUUACUUGAUUAGUUUGUGAAUGGACCCAAUAUUAAGGAGACCUGGGUUCUAUACCCAGCUCUAACCCUUGUGUGGCUUUGGAAAAGCCACUGACCCUUUCAGGACCUCAGUUUCUUCAGCUGUAAAAUGAGAGGGUCUCUACAAAACAAUUUGCAAAAGGUCUCUUCGAGCUCUAAAACUUUUACAAAAAGCAUUGAAAGGCACUGAUUUUAUUUUACACUAAUAAUGUAACAAUUGGUUGAUCCCUGAAAGAACUAUUGUGCCUUUCUCUGUAUGAAAUGUACUCUUAUUGUCCACAAUCUUAUGAACUGUAUUCAUCCUUAGACUGAAGUUAAUCUACAGAUGCCAUUGUGUCUACUAUUAAGCACUACUACUAAAAGGAUAAUAUUAAACAUUGCAAUUUUAAAGCAAAACUCAUUGAAAUUUUUGUAAAUAAAUUUUUGUCAGAAAAUUGCUGCCUAAAAAGUGUAUUAAUAUACUAUGCUGUAUUUUUAUAAGCUAGAAAUGCUGCGGUAUCUAAUGUAUAUAUAUAUAUAGGGAAAAUUGAACAGAAAUAAGUUCCUAGUCCUUGUGUUAAUUUAGUAUCAUUCUUUAAAACAAUUUUAUGGUAGAAAAUGUAUUUAACCCUUUUCCCCUCAGAAUUUAUCACCAUAAACUAGAAGAGACCAAGGUUAAGUCAUCUGAAAAGUUGGGAAUUGUUUACUAGUAGGAUGAUAAAAUAAACCCUGAAAAAAAGAGGGUAGUUCGGGACAAAUGCUCCUGAAGGACUGGUGGGCAGGAAGGGGGGUUGGGCUCCUAUACCUACAUACAGAGAGCUGCACUUUGGUUUAGGGUUUGAUGAUGGGAAGUCCUUAGUUCACAUAGCUUUCCUGAACAUUAAAAGCGCAUUUCAGUCUUCAUGGAAUACCCAAACAAAAAAAGAAAGAAAGAAAAAGAAAACACGUCCACUCUUUGGUGCUCUUGAGUGUAAAGAAUAGUGCGAACUGUGUUUACUUCCUUUCCACUCCUUUUUAUAAAUUAUUUUGUUUUUUAAAUCCAAUAAAGGCUUCAUUCCUA